GGCGGACGCCGGAAGCGCUGCUCUUGUCCUUCAGCGGAGCGGGAUGGCGGCGGCGAGUGAGGCGGAGAGGGUGGUGUUGGAGGAGGAAUUUAAAUGGUUAUUGCGGGAAGAAGUUCAUGCUGUCCUUAAACAGCUGAAGGAUAUCCUGAAGGAGGCUUCCCGACGUUUUACUCUAUCAGCCGCUGGACCUGAAGGUCAAACCCGACAGGAGAACUUCAAACUAGGAAGCUCAGUAACAGACCAGGUGAAGGGUGUCCUUACAUUGCAGGGAGAUGCACUGACUCAGGCUGAUAUUAACCUUAGGCUGCCUAAACACAACCAGGUCCUGCAUUGUACUUUCAGGGAGGAUAAACAGUGGAAAAUGCAGCAGAUUCAGGAUGCCAGGAAUCAUGUUGGACAGGCCCUGUACCUACUAAACAGCAGAGAUCAGACUUACCAGUUUAAAAGUGGGGCUGAGGUCAACAAGCUCAUGGAUGCAGUGAUGUUGCAGCUAACCCGUGCUCGCAAUAGACUUACCACUCCUGCAGCAAUGACACUACCGGAAGUAGCCUCAAGCAGUUUGAUGAAAAUGUUCACGCCACCUCUUCCGGGUGAUGUCUUUGCAAACUUCUACAUUAACCUGAGCAAACUUUGUUUGAUUGUCUACCAGCUCCAUCUUCUGCAACCCAAUUUGAAUAAGAACUUCAAAGCUGCAGGAAGCUCUGUACUGCACAACCCAGGAUCCAUGUUUGAGCUUAAUAACCAGAAAUUUGAAGUCAGUCAUGUGCACAAAGUGGAAUGUGUGGUCCCCUGGCUGAAUGACACGCUUGUUUUCUUUACUAUCGCACUACAGCUUUGUCAGCAACUGAAGGAUAAGAUUUCUGUGUUUUCCAGUUACUGGAACUUCAAACCUUACUGAUCCUGAGCACCAGAUUAAAUGAAGAUCAGUCUGCACUCGGAGCUGGGGCAGGAAGUGGGCACAGAGUCUGCCUGCUGUAAAUGCUGUCUCUGAAUAUUUUGGGCGGCCUGUUUAGAAAUAGAUAACUUAACACACAGUGCACUUAGCUCGCUUGCCCUUGAUGUGUGUCACAUGUUUUAAUAAGUUGAAUCCAUUGUGGAACCUGGUCUGGCAAAUGUUUGGAAAUAAGUCUCAGAAUCAAAUGCAGUCUAAAUUUUUAACCCUGCGAUCACUUUUUGGUAGUUGUUUAUCUCAAAAUUUUAGGUUUUAAUGGAUGAAGGUGUGGUUUACUACUGCUGCUGAAAGGAAAGUGGUAGCAAAUGUAUUGAAUUAGAAGCAGUGAUUUCUAUAGCAUUACACAGAUUUUGCAUUGUGCACUUUUGAUCAAUUUCAAGUUGCAGACUAUGUGGAAUAAAGGCGGGAAAAUUCUCUCUUCAGGGAGUUGAAUGUUCAAGCACUGAAGCUAAUGUUUUCAACCUGUUUAACAGGGCAACAAAAUAACUAAAACUAUACAUUAUACCUCUUAGUGGACCAGCCAAACAUUCUUGAACUACAAUAUUCUUGGGACCCAGAGAUUCGUUGAUCAAGAAGAAAUGGAAAGACUGAAGUGUUGUCAUGUUUAAGUUCAAGCAGAUCAUAUUUACACAGUUUGUACAUUAUUAUAGCAUUAGUUAGUUUUGAAUUUGUGCUGGUCACAAAUCCAUCAAUCCUCAUGCUCAUGACUGCUUUACCAAGAAAUCUUGUGCCUGGAUCUAGAUUAUUCUUCCGUCAGGAUUUCUAAACUGGUGAUUGAUUAAGCAUUUGUCUUUUUAAUGAUUCAGCAACUUAGAAUGAACAAAAACAAAGAUGAAAAAUGCUGAGCUCAGCUUAAUUUAUACCGAUCUUAAAUGUUUUAGUUUAUUGACCAGAUAUGCAGUGCUAAAAUUUGUUUGGGAGCCUUAUAUGUGGUCGGUGUAUCUAACACAUAGUUUGGUUAAUUGUGUUGGGCAUGUGUUUGUCUAGAAUCUUACAGAUAACAAAUACUAACCAAUUGACACUAAAAUAUUGGAAUUUACACUGCAUCGUUAAUGUAAAAGUUUGAUUUGUGCAUUAAAAAAGAACACGGGAAAUGAAUUAAAUAUGUAUUCCUGAAAAGUGAAUCCUUGCACUUUGAAAAUGUAAUCUGUUCCAUUAGUCCAAAAGGACUUGAUAUCAAGAUGUAGGAAAAGUUUUACAGUGGAGUGUACACAAGGGGAUCUCGAGCAGUCAGAUAAAUCUCCCCAAUGCAGGACGUAAAUAAAGUGCAUUUGUGUAACACUUCUGGAUAGGUUGUGGGUAGAGUGUGUGUGUAUUAAUAUUAAUCAAUGUUCAUAUUUUGGUUGCAUGUUUGUAUAAUAUUUGGAUAUUUGUCAUUGUUCACAUUGGCAAACUAAGACAACCGAUUUUUCAGCUGUUUGCAAAUGUGAUAUUAAUUUUGAAAGUAUCAUUCACAAUGCAGCUAUGUUCAGGAUCCAAAAUAUUGUAUUUCAGUAGAUUGUAGUAUUGAGAAGGUCAUUGAUUUUUCUUUGAACCUUAACCACACAAAGCUCUAAUUAUGUCCUUGUGUUAGAAUCCAGUACAAAGGAUUGCCACCUUUUUCAUGUGUAUCUUCAGUUGAGAACUGAGAAUAUCCAAAAAAUCAAUCCUGUUUCUUCUAAAUGAAGUUUGACAUGGCGUGGAGUAAUACUGUUUCAAGCUCUCUGGUAAAUAGUGAAAUUCAUUUCUAAGUAAUACAUGUGUGAGGGACACAAGUUGUAAAAUAUCUCAUUAACAACACUGUGAUUAUAUAUUCAAUACUGAUCAAGUUGAGCAUUGUUCAAACUGUCGUGACAUUUCCACCAAAUAAGGUGGCCCUUCUCAACCAACUGUAACUUUCAAUGUCCGGUAGCUGUAGAACUUGUUCUAAAAUGAUCAAACCUACACUUUUUCGAAUAAUUGUUAAAUACCAUUGCCUUCUAAAAGGUUUACGUGAUUUUCAUGAGUCUUGUACUGCUCACUUGGCUGCUGACUUUAGCCAAUGUGCUUGUAUAAGAUAUUGCAAAGCACUGGCUGUUUCCUUGAUUUACACAGCAUUUAACAAAAGUGUAACAUUUUCAAAUGCUCUCCUAUCUUAAUGAUAACAGCAGUAAGUUACAAACCAGCACAUGUUUUGCAACAUGUUGCCUUGGUCUGUGGAAAUAAUUGUGCGCAACUUGAAAUUUUUCACUGGAGGAGACAAAGUAACCCUUAACUUUCCUGCGAGGUUUAUUAACGCACGGAGAGGGAUUGGGAAAGUUUUCUAGUUUUAAAAAAGAAUGAAAGCUUAGCUGGAGUGCUUAGAGUUUGGUGGUGACACAGUUUACUGUAUAAGGUGUUUUGUCUUAUACGAAAAUUUAUUUUACCCUUUCAUGGGAUGUGGGCAUCACUGACAAGACCAGUGAUCGUUGCCAAUCUUUAUGUGCCCUUGAGAAGGUGGCGGUGAACCCUCUUGAAGUGCUGCAGUUCAUCUGCUAUCCGUAACAGCUUUAGUACGACUGAAUGACUUGCAAGGCCAUUUCAGAGGGAAGCUAAGAGUCAAUCACAUUGCUGUGGGAGGCAUGUAGGCCAGACCUGGUAAGGGUGGCAGAUUUCCUUCCCUAAAUCAGAUGAAUUUUUAUGACAAUUGAUAUAUUGACUAAUUGAAUUUAAAUUGCACCAGCUGCCAUGAUUCUGUGUCGCCAGAGCAAUAGUCUGGGCCUCUAGGUUACUAGUCCAAUGACAUUACCACUACACCUUUGUCUCCCCUUGUUACUUGUGAAGCUGUUUUUUGUAAUGUGUGCUGAAGUUACAAGCUGUACAUUUGAACAAAGCAACAUGCCGAGUAGAAUAGGCCAGUUAACUUUUAUUUAAAGCUCAAACUUAUGGGUGAAGUAAAGGAGCAUAAAUAAGCAUGUGCCACAUAAGCUGAUAAUUUUUUUAAAGCUGUGAUGUCUUCCAGGAUCAUGUAAUAUGAAUAUAGUAUGUUAAAUAUAUUCUAUUCUGUUGCUAUUCCUGUGGUCAAUCUCAAACAAUGUACUUAUGUUUUGAUGUCUGCCGUAUGUAUAAUGAUGUGACUGAGACAAUUAUAUUUAAUGUGGAUGGUCUAAAUUAUUUGGAAUGUAUAGUGGACCAAGGGAAUCAUUCAGAUUAUAUCUGCAAUAAAGCAUUGAUGUCAAAGUA